GAUCAUAUCUGCCUCGAUCACGCUUUUAGACAGUGAGUUCCAGAUAGUCAGUGUCCUCUGGGUGAAAACUUUUUCCCUCAAAUCCUCUUUAAGCCACGUGCUCCCUACCUUAAAAAUGUGGCCCUCUGGUAAAUGACCCCUCUGCCAAGGGGAAAUGUUCUUCCCAUCUACUCUAUCCAUGUCCCUCAGAAUUUUGUACACCUCAAUCAGACCUCCCCUUCAGCUUUCUCUGCUAUAAGGAAAACAACCCCGGCCUAUCGUGUCUGUCUUCAUAGGCUGAGUUGAUUGUAAAGAGGAAUGCGAAUACAAAAAGAGGAAAGCUACACUGAUCCAUUUACAAACCCCUGGUCAGGCCUCAGCUGGAGUGUUGUCCAAUUCAGAAACUACACAAUAGGAGCAUGCUCAGGCCUUGGAGAGGGUGGUGAGGAAAAUAGUACCAGGAAUAUGUGACUUUAGUUCCUAAGACACUCACCAUCUCGGCUUGGAAAUAUAUAUCACCGUUCCUUCACUUCUGCUGGGUCAAAUUUCCUCCUUCGAGAUGCUGCAAGGUAUCCCUACACCACAUAGACAACAGUGAUUCAAGAAGGCAGCUCACCACCAGCUUCCCAAGGGCCAUUUGGAAUAGGUGAUACAUGUUGUACCACCCAGCAACAUCCCGAACUUGUGGUGAAAGAUGAUGACAGAAAAAUGCAAAGAGGAUUCAGAAGACUGUCUAACCAUCUGCUUAAAGUACCUGCUGUUUGUUUAUAAUUUCUUCUUCUGGAUGGCAGGUGCUGGAGUGUUGACCAUUGGAACUUGGACGUUGACUGAAAAAAGAGAUUACUUGAGCCUUCUUCCAUCCAGUACGUUUGCUGUCUCUGCCGGUAUUCUCAUCUUCGCUGGCAGCCUGGUGCUGGUCACAGGAUUCCUUGGUUGUUGUGCGGUUGUUCGAGAACAGCAGGCAGGUCUGGCAGCAUACUUUUCCCUACUCCUGCUGGUCUUCCUGACUGAGCUGGUGGCUGGAAUUCUUGCUUGUGUUUACUAUCAGCAGUUAAAUGAAGAGCUGAAGCAGAACCUGAACAAAACGAUGAUGGAGAAUUAUGCACGGCCUGGGGAGGAGGUGGUUACCUAUUCCAUCGACCAGCUCCAGCAAGACUUCAAGUGCUGCGGCAGCAACAGUUCCGCUGACUGGCAGCACAGUGCUUACAUCCUCUCCCCUACAUCAGGUAACAGACUCGUACCUGACAGCUGCUGUAAGACAGUCACUGAGGCCUGUGGCCGGAGAGACCAUCCAUCAAAUAUCUACAAGGUGGAGGGUGGAUGCAUUACCAUAUUAGAACAGACCCUGGCAGAAAACACCCUGAUCAUUGGAGCAGUUGGCAUUGGUGUAGCUUGUCUUCAGCUGAUCGGGGCGGUCAUUACAGCUUGUUUCAUCUGUGCACUCAUCAGAGAACAGGAAGAGGAGGAGUACUCUCAGACCUGAUUGGCCAGUCACUAGCCUGUGGUUGUUUGCUUGCUUUGAACCAAAGUUGCUCUCAAUCCCCUUCUCACAGCUACUCUGACCCCGAACCUCCUGUCCCCACAUCGUUGCUGUUGAGUUGCAAUUGUUUGAUUUCCACGGCCAACUUUCUUUGAACAUGUCACCAUUAGAACGAAGUGAAUCUCUUCCGUGAUAUAGAGAUAAACAUAUGUUUAAUGACACCCAUCCUGGUAUUUCUCUCCUUUUGAUCUCACUCAGAGCAAGCAGGCUAUGGUGGGACUGUAUAAAAUGCUGGUUAGGCCACAGUUGUAGUAGAGUCCUAUAGCAGGGAAACAGACCCUUUGGACCAACC